GCAUAACCAACGCCAAUUUCAACCCGCAGUAGUCUUUUAUGCGAACGGGACUUGCCAUCGUCAUCUGCCUUCAAGCGUGGCCCAUCUCUUUCACCACGGCUUUCUAUUUCUCCGUUGGAAUAGCUUGCUCCAUGCCACUAGCUUCAAACGCAAAGUGGUGCCGAGUCAGUGACACCAAGAACGCACAUGGCGACCCAACGUGCGCGCCAGGGGGAAACAAUGGCAAUGGAUUUGGCCGUCAGCAGCCCCCACGAUCGGCAGUCCUAACGAAACCCAGUGGCCACCAAGGUUUCGAGAGAAGCAUACUGAGCAUGGACAGAAUGGACAUCGCGGGACAGUAGCCAGAAACUAAGUUUUGGGCUGAAGCUCACGCGGACGCAGGCUGGAUCCGUUAUAUUGGGAGAAACGUUGCCGUUGUCGAUAUUAAAUGUCACGCUCCUUUCGGUGCGUGGGGGAAUCCAGGCGAAUGGUUCAUCUAUCCUGCAUGUAGGCGCCACCUCCAGAGUUCGCAAGCAUCAUCAGCAACGCGCAGGCUCGACAGAAGCAAUAGUUCCCACAGAUACGUCCUCCAGCUGUAUUCGGCAGCAGAGCCAUGAUCUGUUCUAUAGCUUGGGGUAAGUAAUACUGCUAUAUCCCCUAGCUCGUCGGCCCUCUAUGUAACGUUGUCAGCUGGUGAAUAGCGCAGCAUCUUUGGCGGCGCAUCCCAGCAAAAGAAAUCCCACCUAUGACGAGCUCAGAAGCACCCCGCGCUCGCGAACCCGUUCAGGCACACAGCUCGCCGAUUCGCAGAGCGCCUGUUUCAUGGUCCACAAUGGUGCCGGCGCCAGGCACUGAAUAUGGGGAAUCUUGGGAGCCGGCUUGCCCAAUCUAGAAGCUCGUGGCUUUCCAUUGGCGAUGGGGCACUUCGCUGACGGCCGCAUUAGCUCCCCCGCCAGUGACGAUAAUUUUCCCGUAGGCUCAAUGGGAAUGAGAGAGAAAGGCGGAGGACGAGAUUGCGUUAUAUGCGUGAUGAGAAUAUAAAUACAAGCCGUGCUCGUCGUCCGCUUGGAUCUUGUCUGUUGUUAGCCCAAGCCUUACAACACCAGAUACACUCCUUCUUUGUAUAUACAAUCCCCCCACGUUUUAUACCCCUGCACAUAAUGUUUGUCAAGAACACCCUCGCCGUCCUGGGCCUUGCUGCCUCUGUCGCCCAGGCUCUUCCCUCUGCUCCUCUCGUUGACCGCGCCUCUGGCGGCAAGCUCACCAUCUACUGGGGUGCCGAGGACGAUAACACCUCUCUGCAGACUGUCUGCGACGACAGCUCGUAUGACAUUGUCAACCUUGCCUUCCUCGCCUACUUCCACGGCGCUGGCGGCUACCCCCGCAUCGAGAUGAGCGGUCUUGACGGCCCCUCUGCUGCCCAGAAGAAGGCUGGCGCUACUGGCCUCAAGGAUGGCUCCAAGCUCGUCUCCGCCAUCAAGUCUUGCCAGAAGAACGGCAAGAAGGUCAUCCUCUCCAUGGGUGGUGCCAACGACUACGCCGACGUCAAGCUCAAGGACGACGCCGACGGCCAGAAGAUUGCCGACCAGGUCUGGAACCUGUUCCUCGGUGGUACUGAGAACAAGGACCUCCGUCCCUUUGGUGAUGUCAAGCUCGAUGGUGUCGAUCUCGACAACGAGUCUGGCGUUUCCACUGGCUACGUCGCCAUGACCAAGCGCUUCCGCUCCAACUUUGGCAAAGACACCAGCAAGACAUACUACCUGUCUGCUGCUCCCCAGUGCCCCUCGCCCGAUGCCUCGGAGCCCGAUGCCGUCCUCAAACUGCUCGACUACGUCUGGGUUCAGUUCUACAACAACGGCGACUGCAACAUCAACCAGAAGGACUUCAAGAGCUCUGUCAAGACCUGGAGCAAGAACAUUGGCAACGCCAAGCUCUUCAUUGGUGGUCUUGCCAGCGGUGCUGACGGCGACUCUGGCUACGUCGGCCCUGAUGACUUCAAGAAGGCUCUCAAGGACGUGAAGAGCUUGAACCUGCCCAACUACGGCGGUGCCAUGCUCUGGGAAGCUCAGCUUGCCAUCAAGAACGACAACUUCCAGAAGAAGAUCCGCAGCUCUGUUUAAGGAUUCAUGAAAUUCGGAUGGGAUAUCGGCGCUUUUGCGACGGGAUGUAUUUUAUAAGGGCCAAUAGUGCCCGCUUUCUGUUAUACAUAUAUACAUGACAAAUUGUACAUAUAAACUGGAAAUGCUCACUCAAGUUUGGUACUAUCACCAUGUGAAUGCGAUCGGCGUCUAACUACCAAACGACGGCCAAGAAUCAUAUCAAACGGCCU